AUGGCGAAGAAACAGCGCGCGACGACGACUUUCAACUUUAGAGUAACGGAAAAGAGUUUUAGAGUCGAAAGAGUACCGGAAAAGUUCGUUGCUCUACUUGAUGGCAUGAAUCAACAAGGAACUGCUGCAGUUCGAACGCCAGGUGAAUGUACAACAUGGUUUGAAGUGGUAACUGAAGUGAGACAAGGGGCAGUGGCAAGACCUUCCUUGUUCAGCCUCGCCAUCCGUGAAAUUCUCAGUCUUACUACCGUCUGCUCGUCCCUUGGUGGAUCUCGUGUUGACCGACGAUCGAGUAAUAUUCGGAGAAAACAACGCAAAGCUCCAACAUUCUGCCAACCUUGUAUCGAAGCCAGCAGCAACAUGUAG